CACACACACUGACACACACUCACUGACACACACACGGACACGGACACAAACACACACAGACACGGACACACAGACACAGACACACACACACGGACACGGACACACAGCCACUGUCUAGAAGCAUGAGGCGUCUGGAGCACAUUCCCCUGCUGCUUCAGAUCCUCUUCCUGGCGCAGGUUUACUCCGUGGUCUCGCCGCAGAAAGCUCCCAGGAUCAUCACCCUUGUUGAGACGGUGGACGUCCUGCUGGACCACAAUGCAACAUUCAUAUGUGAAGUGGACUCCAACCCCCCAGCUGACAUCUCCUGGACACGCAACAACGAGCCCAUCUACUACUUUGAUUCCCGCUACAUCACCAAGGCCAAUGGCCAGAUGUUGAUCAUUCCUAACGUGCGGGAGGGCGACAGUGGAGAGUACUGUUGCCUUGCCAACAACUGGGUGGGGCAACCGGCCAAGAGCUGUGGGGCCCUGCAACUGAAGAUGAAGCCCCAGAUCAAGAGGCACCCCACUAACAUCACGCUCCUGCUGGACAGUAAGGCGGUGCUGCCCUGCGCCACACUGGGGUACCCCAAGCCAGACAUCACCUGGAUCAAGGAUGAACACCUGCUCAAGCUAAGUGAUCGCGUGUCCAUUCUGGACUAUGGGGCUCUGAAGAUCCACAACCUGAGGAAGGAGGACGCAGGGCAGUACCGCUGCGCAGCCAGAAACAGCUUCGGCAUCGCCUUCUCCAGAGCCGUCACCAUACAAGUCCAGGCCCCAGCCAAGAUCCUCAGGGUGCCGCAUGGGAAGAGGGUUCCCUUCGGGACGAAGGUGUCUCUGGAGUGCAAUGCCACGGGAAACCCAAUCCCCACCAUCAGAUGGCUGGAGGACGGCAACACGAUCUCUCAGGCGUCUGUGGAGGAGACGCUGGUGGAGGACGUGUCGCUCUCCGUGCUCCACGUGGAGGUGAAGAAGCCGGCGCUCUACACUUGCCUGGCCACCAACCACCACAGCGGGGGAGAGAACACCGUCAAGGCCACUGCACACGUCACCGUGUCAGAAUGGAGGCUGUACAAGGGCCCGGUGGGCUACUGCAGCACCUACCGUGGGGAUGUGUGUCGCGGGGAGCUGGCCAGGGAUGCGCUGGUCUUCUACAACUCCUCCCUAAGGAGCCCCGAGGAGGCCCAGGAGGCACAGGUGCAGAGCGACUGGGCCGAGAUGGACUCGGCCAGCCCUGGCUGCAGGACCGCCGCCCGCGCCCUCCUCUGCAGGCACCACUUCCAGGACUGCAACCCCUCGGGGCUGGGGCCCGCGCCCAAACCCGUCUGCAGGGAGCACUGUCUGGUGGUGAGAGACCUUUACUGUCACAGUGACUGGCCCACAAUGCUGGACAAGGUGUCCAUAGGCAUGCUCAGUCUCCCGAACUGUAUGUCCCUCCCCAGCUACCGUACUGACCCGGCAGCCUGCACAGCAGUGCAUUUCUCAGGCAUCAAGACAGAAGAUGAAGAAACAACCACUUGUUUUAAAGACAGAGGCCGUCUCUACCAGGGGAGGGCCAAGGUCACGGCAUCAGGCAGCCCCUGCCAGAGGUGGAGCAUCCAGCUGUCGGUGGAUGUGAUCCCGGAGCUGUGGGGUGCGGAGAGCUUCUGCCGUAACCCCGGCGGCCAACGGGAGAAGCCCUGGUGCUACACCAGCAGCAGUGGAGUGGGGAUGCAGUGGGAAUACUGCGACAUUCCCAGAUGCGGAGAGAAGGAGGAGGAGGAAGAAGAGCCUAUCACAGUGCCGGCGGUGUCUGUGCCGGAGGAGACCUACCGCCCCCCGGCCCCCCUCCCCCCCAGCGUGGAGUCGCCGGCCUACACCAUGAGCGUCAUCAUCAUCGUCAUCGCAGCCUUCGCCCUCACGGCCUUCCUCACCAUCAUCGGCCUCAUGUGCCGACGCCAGCAGAAAGCCUGGAAGCACCGCAAGCGGGUGAUGGAGAGCCCUGCGCUGACGGCGCUGCCCUCGGAGCUGCUGCUGGACCGGCUGCACCCCAACCCCAUGUACCAGCGGCUGCCCCUGCUGCUCAACUCUAAGCUGCUCACCCUCGAGUACCCGCGCAACAACAUCGAGUACGUGCGCGACAUCGGAGAGGGGGCAUUUGGCAGGGUCUUCCAGGCCAGGGCCCCAGUGCUGUUGCCUGAGGAGCCGUUCACCAUGGUAGCGGUGAAGAUGCUGAAGGAGGAGGCCUCGGCCGACAUGCAGAACGACUUCCAGAGAGAAGCCGCACUCAUGGCCGAGUUCGAACACCCCAACAUCGUCAGACUGCUUGGAGUGUGUGCGGUGGGCAAGCCCAUGUGCCUGAUGUUUGAGUACAUGGCCUACGGAGACCUGAACGAGUACCUGCGGCGCCGGAACCCGGAGCAGCGCCCGAGCCUCAGCCAGCAGCCCAGUCGCGCCACCUUGACCCGGGGCAAGUCCACCGAGAGUGAACCCAGUGCGCCCAGUCCAGAACCGAGCCUGACACCUCUGAGCUGCGUAGACCAGCUGUCCAUCUCCAAGCAGGUGGCGGCAGGUAUGGCCUACCUGUCGGAGCGCAAGUUCGUGCACCGUGACCUGGCCACGCGCAACUGCCUGGUGGGCGAGGACAUGGUGGUCAAGAUCGCCGACUUCGGCCUGUCGCGCAACAUCUACUCGGCCGACUACUACAAGGCCAACGAGAACGACGCCAUCCCCAUCCGCUGGAUGCCGCCCGAGUCCAUCUUCUACAACCGCUACACCAGCGAGUCGGACGUGUGGGCGUACGGCGUGGUGCUGUGGGAGAUCUUUUCGCACGGCAUGCAGCCCUACUACGGGAUGGCGCACGAGGAGGUCAUCUACUACGUGCGGGACGGCAACAUCCUGGCGCGGCCCGGCGACUGCCCGGCGGAGCUGUACAACCUGAUGAGGCUGUGCUGGAGCACGCACCCCAGCGACCGGCCCAGCUUCCCCAGCAUCCACCGCAUCCUGGGACGCAUGCACGACAACGUGAUGCAGCCGCAGCCACAGCAGCCGCCCCCGCCGCAGCAUCAGGACCACCAGCAUCCACCAGCACCGCCCCCGCAGCAUCCUCCGCAGCUGGGGAUGGUCUGAGCAGAUGGUCUGAGCUGAGCUGUGGGAAGGCGAACGUGGAAACUGAUGGACGCACAGACUUGACAGAUUACAUGCAAUAUAUUAAUGAUAACCCGACUCUGAGCCCCCUCUUUCCCUGGGCCUGGGACUAAUGACCUCGCCCCAGCAACAUCCACUGUAAUAGGACCAGGGGCAGCCCUGAUCAGCUGAUCUGACCCAGGGCUGGACUGGGGCAAAAAAAUCAGACCAGGCUUUUGUUGCUAAGACCGGUCCGGCAAGCAGGCAUUGAGAGAGACAAUGAAGUCAGUGACAAUAUUUUUUAGUCAUGGGUCAUUUGAAAUCAGACACUUUGGGACCCGGCCGUCACAGAUUUCAAUCAUACUUGCUGUGCCUGUUUAGUAGCAAGGUAGCACCCCAGAACUGCAUUUGUGUGAAUCUGACAUCAAUAUUACACCCUCAUCUAUUUGGAGCUAUUUGACCACAACUGGCAAAAUGAAUAUUUAAAUCUGUCUCAGACAGAUCAGCUGUCCACUGAUGCCACUACAUUGAGGAGAGGACAAGGCCAAAAUCAUCAACGGUUCACCGGGCAAAUGCCCUGUAUGCCUUAUGGCCAGUCCAGCGAUGUUCUAACCUGAGCUAAGCUGAGCUGAGCUGUGGGAAGGGGAACCUGGAAACUGAUGGACGCACAGACCUGAGCUAAGCUGAGCUGAGCUGUGGGAAGGGGAACCGGGAAACUGAUGGACGCACAGACCUGAGCUAAGCUGAUCUGAGCUGUGGGAAGGGGAACCUGGAAACUGAUGGACGCACAGACUUGACAGCUCAGGCCAGGGCCGCCGGCAGCUUUGACAGGCCCCAGACAAUGUCAUCUGAAAAGGCCCCGCAACCCAAUAUAAUGAGAACCGAAUUCUGGGGCAUCCACUGCUAGCCUUGCGUGCCAUCCUACGUACUUCCGCCAAGACACUUGGCUCCGCACUACGACGACUGGUACCUGUCCUCUGUGAAGCGAUGUUGACCGGUAGGAUUUUCGCCGGUGUUCUGACAAACGGUCCUACAUUGUAAUUUUAUCCUACGGUAGGAUGUACUGUCAGACAUGUCUGUUAAACGGUCCUACAUCGCCAUAGAUAGACGUCAGACAUGUUUGUUCAACAACUUAUAAGUAAUCCUGAUUUUUACAAAAAUGUCCUUCCUGCUUCCUGCAAUCGCGUCAGAUCAAACAAAGUCCAGACCAUGAAUAUGAAAUGGAAAUGGUAGUAUUAUGGGAUGAUCAGGACCAGGCUUAUCCACUGCAGGACCAGGCACAGCCUUGAUCAGCUGAGCUGGACCCCAUUUCUCAAAAACAUUGUUGCUUACCAGUUAGUAGUUUUGUCAAUGGGAAAUUUCAUUACAAGCAAGUAAGUUGCUAACUUACCAAUGCCACUGUCGUGAAAAGCAAACCUGAUCUGAGCAGAGAGAAGGCGACCCAGGAACUGAUGGGUGGUGGACGCACAGACUGUAUAGCUCACUCAGAUUCAGGACUUGGGCUUUUUUCAUCGUUUGGGCUUUUUUACUCUUACUGCAGUGCUGUGGCUCCCAAGAUGUUUCCACAGGGAUCCCCUUUUGCACCUGAGAAUAUUUCUGCGACCCCCAACCCCAUAUUCCAAUCGCCAAACAUGAUUUUUUCCCCCCCGUUAACAUUGAUAAAUUGAAAUUUGAUUCAGGAAAAGUAAAAAGAUGUAUUAACCGUAUGGUAUACGUGAGUUACUACUGUUACUAACUAAUUUAUGGAGUUUGGGAAACAUUGAUCUAGUCUGAGUAUGUUGCGACUGUAGUAGUACGUGGCUCCUACUAGAGUAUAUGGCAGCCUUUGAGCCAUGCCUCUUCAGUGUGUGGGAAAUAACCGUCCCGGUGACUCCCUGCCAUUGGUAUGAGGUAAGACAAGACGCCUGUGAAGACCACUGAUCUUUAAUCCAGACCAGCGCGUCUUACUGGAGAGCAGAGAAGGCCAUGGCCACCACAUCAGAGGCCCAGACCCAUGCUGUGUCUCAGAUGCUGCACGUGUGCACUUCGGGCACUAUGUUUCUGCACGUAAUUAAUACGCCAUACGCCAGUGGUUCCCAACCUAAGGGCCGGGGCCCACUGGUGGGCCCUGAAGGUAUUCCAAGUGGGCCUUGAAAUCAUUUUCUAAAAAUAAUAAUCAUAUUUUGGUGUGUGCUACUGUUGAUUUAUUUGAGUUUUAUUCUUAAUUGGGUCAGAGGGAAGUGGGCCCCGAACAUUUUUGACAAUUUCGAGUGGGCCCCAAGUUGAAAAAGGUUGGGAACCCCUGCUAUACACAAUGAAACCUGACGUGCUCCAUUUCAGAUUCAACAUCAGUGUCCUGCCAUAGCUGGAGCCACCAUAUUUGAGUUAUCAUACUGUAUUUACUAGAGAUGCACCGGAUCCUGAUUUUUAGGAUCCUGCCAGAUACCGGAUCCACUGCUUAAGAUCCUGUCGGAUCCGGAACCGGAUACCGGAUCCUACGAAAGGGUUGAAACACAUAGCCAACUCACAAUUGUGGGCCCUUUUUAUUACGUUGGCGCAAACUAUUUUUAAGACUCAUUGGCUUACUGCCACACUGCCUACAACGGCCGCGUCCAAAGGGCUUUCACUCCAUGCAGCGAUAGGGGUUGUGAAAGACUGACUGAAAAGCCUAGGCGACGUUAAAAGUAAAGAUGCCCCAGAUCCUGAUUUUUAGGUAACUGCCGGAUACCAGAUCCACUGUUUAAGAUCCUGCCGGAUCGAAAUAGUCUGAAAAACCCUAUUUUCCUGCCGGAUCUGGAACCGGAUCUUGGAUCCUGUACAUCUCUAGUAUUUACCAUACUGUGCUUGGAUAUGAUUUUAAGCUUAAGCUUUUUUACAUUAUGAUCAUCAUCAUGCAUAUGUGUUUCUUCCAAUAUUUUUUAUUCUUUGAAUUGUUUUGUUUUAUUAUUCAUGUGAACAAAGUGUUGCCAAUCGUCAAUAGAUAUGGAAUUUACUCGAGAAAAAUAAGCUACAGUUACACUGGCACAAAAAGGUUUUGAUACUCUAGAUAGCAUUUUUUAAAUCACAAUUUUCCUUUAGUGUGUCAGAUGGCAAAAUUAUUUGUCAUUUAUAAUGUCAUUUUAUAUUUAAUGAUAACAAUGGUUAUCUAGCAUCCAAAUUGUAAACAGUAAACAAACAUUGUAAAGAAUUUGUGUUCACUCAUACCUUUCUUCGUUUGGUUCUCCGCAAGACUUAUGUGAAUCGUAUCAGAUUGUUGAACAAUAUGUCGAGCAUUAGAGUUGGUUUAGCUUUUACUUUUUUGAAAAGUAUGUAUUCCAGAGUGGCACGUGAUCACUUUAUGAUUACCGUUUUGUCUUGUCACAUGUCUCUCUGCUAUUUCUUUGCCAGUUUUUAUUCGGAAAUAUUUUAAGUUGCCACUGGUCCAUUCUAGCAUGCAAUAGCAUAAUUUCAUAUCAAAUAUCAAAGUUUUGCUAA